UACAUCUUCUUCCGCCUCAAAAGGUAACAUAAUACUGAGCCCCCACAGCUCUCGUAUCUUCUCCACAUCUAUGAAAAGGAUCUUCAUGUUAACCACAGUCCAACUUUCCACUUUCCGUAGACAAUGUCCCGCUCCACACUUUUAUGUCUCCUGGGUGUCAUUUUGGUCCUGAUCCAGAUCGGUUUUGCGACCGCCGUGGCCAUCCCUAACGGCCUGUAUCGUAUCAUAAAAUCCCCCGAACAGCUGACCCUUACUCGGAGUUAGGGAACCAAUGGCCGUCUUAUCCUCGAGCCUCGCGGAGGACCUCCGCAAGCCCAGACGUGGGAGGUCAUGAACAAAGCGGAUGGCAUAGUCACUAUCCGCGAUCCUGCGUCAGGUUUCUACCUUGCUCCGAUGAGUUUUCUCCUCACUCUUUUGCUGGCAUGAAAGAGGACGAGCAUGGGUGGUUCUUGGAGCGGGGCACAGCCCCCAACAAUCUCCUUAUCCGUGUUCCAGCCAUACAUAAUGGCCAGGAGUUAGUCCUUGGUAUAUCUCCCUUGUUGGUUUUUCCACCUUUUGCCGGCAUCAACAAUGCUGAUACCGGACGUAGAAACGAGUGGAUCUUCGAGAGGCUGGCGAAUUGAAGCGCUCCCAAGCAGCCACGGAGGGUAAGAACGCGUAUAACCUUACUACCAUAGCAUACUUGAUUGCUUACCUAUUACUACAGUCUAUCCGCCAGAUUUCGUACUAAUACCCUACAUACAAUAAACUGUUGCAAGG